GCACACUACAUUAUUACCAUUACAUUUAGAGGGAAACAAUGAAAAUUAAAAUCCAAAAGAAUUCAUUUCCCUCCUAAAAUUUCAUUUCCUAGUCCUUUCUAUAAAUAACAACAUUUACUCCUUCCAUUAAUAGCCUUCAAUGCACCCUUUCUCCCAAUAUUAGCCUUCAAUGGACCCUUUUCUCCCAUUUGAUCUUAAUCAAUUGCCCUCAGAUUUAGAGGGUGUUGAUACUGCAACUGUUGCAGCAAUAUCUCCUGCCACUGGACGUUCCGACUUCUUCAAUGGACGUCGUGCUCCUGCCAAUCCCGACCCUGGUGCAGAACGACAAACAGCUGCGAAUGAAGCUGCCCGCCUUGUUCCUGCCUCUGUGCAAACUGGGCAGAGGUCAUCAUCUGCAGAAGAAGCAGAAAACCAGCAGCAAAGGAAUACAAAUACGAAGCCAAGGUUGUCAAACGAGGUAAGAAAAUGCAUUGUUGACGUGUUACUAUCUACUUCUAGGAACAACAAACUUCAGAGGGGGGUAAUUCAAGCUUUUUUACAGGAGUACAACACAUGUUAUAAGACCAUUUACUUACUGUGGGCAAGAGCUAGAGAACAAAUGCAAGAAGGACUACCCAUUGAUGUUGACCCACAGAUGAAAGGAUGCCAUUAAGCCACUGCUCACUGACAUUGAUUAUAUAUAUUCAUACUUUUUUAAUUUUUGAUACCCAUUUCUCUAUUGAAAUUUGUAUGUAGGCUUUUUUAGCAUUUGAUGGAGUGACAACUUCUAGGUUUAAAUCCCAAUUGGAUGUGUAUUUGGAAGAACUCAAGGUGGAUCCUAAUGAAAAUUUAGAUGUUCUUGAAUGGUGGAAAGAUAAUGCUAAAAGAUUUCCUGA